AUGACUGUUAAGUUGAUCCACCUCUGUGUUAAUGUCAUCCCAGUUCACAGCCAAUGUCUUCAAGAUGAGAAACUUGCAUUGCUCCAUUUCAAACAAAGCCUUGUAUUUGAUCCUUCCACUUCCUCUAAGCUCGUAUCGUGGAAUUCAAGCAUUGACUGCUGUUCUUGGGCUGGUCUUAGUUGCAGUGAUGGACAUAUCGUUGGUCUUGACAUCAGUGGUGAAUGUAUCUCAGGCAACAUUGGCAAUUCAAGCAGCCUCUUUGAUCUUCAACAUCUUCGAAGCCUCAAUUUGGCUGACAAUGAAGUUGGUUACGGCUCUCAAAUUCCAUCUGCAAUUGGAAAGCUUACCGAUUUGAGCUAUCUAAACUUGUCUAAUACUGCUUAUUCCGGGCAAAUUCCCAUUGAGAUCUCACAUUUGACAAGGUUGGAAAUUCUUGAUUUAUCUACCUUGUACUUUCCAGGAAAUCCUUCACUGAAUCUUGAGAGUCCGAAUUUGAAUGUGCUCAUUCGGAAGUUUUCUGAGCUUGUUGAACUUCAUCUAGAUGGCGUAAGGAUAUCAGAACAGGGGAGCAAUUGGUGCCAAGCGAUAUCGUCUUCACUCCCAAACUUGAGAGUGUUGAGCUUAUCAGCUUGUAAUCUUUCAGGCCCUAUUGAUAGUUCAUUACUGAAGCUUCAAUCACUCUCAGUUGUUCGGAUAGAGAACAAUAAUCUGUCUACUCAAGUUCCGGAAUUCUUCUCAAAGUUCAAAAAUUUGACUUCCUUGCUCCUCAUGAAUUCUGGAUUAUAUGGUACAUUUCCGGAGAAGAUCUUCCUCGUACCUACACUGCAGAGUAUUGACUUAUCUGGUAAUCCGCAGCUUCAAGGAUCCUUACCAGAAUUUCCGAAGGGUGGAUCUUUUCAAUCCCUGGUUCUCAAUGGGGCAAAUUUUUCAGGCCAGUUGCUUCCAAACUCUAUUGGCAACCUCAAACUGCUGUCCAACGUAGAAGUUUCAACUUGCAAUUUCAUUGGGUCAAUCCCGAGAUCAAUGGAAGACCUUACACAGUUGGUUUAUUUGGACUUGUCGAGAAACCAGUUCAACGGUUCAAUUCCAUCCUUCAGUAUGGCAAAGCAUCUGACCAUAAUAAAUCUUUCUUACAAUCAGCUAACAGGUCAGAUUAAUUCCUCUCACUGGGAAAACCUUACUAAUCUGGUGAACCUUGAUUUGCGACACAAUCUACUUGAUGGGACUAUUCCACCUUCUGUGUUUUCACUUCCCUUGCUGCAAAAGUUACAGCUUUCCGAAAAUCACUUCUCUGGUCAGUUGCCUGAAUUUGGAAAUAUUUCUACCCUAUACAACCUUGAAUUGAGCAGCAACAGUUUGGAAGGUCCUAUACCUGUAUCCAUCUUUAAUUUACGAGAGCUUAGAAUACUCUCACUUUCUUCAAACAACUUCACCGGCUCUUUCCUUCUUAAUGAUAUUCAGCAGCUGAAAAAUCUCUCAAGUCUUGAUCUUUCAUGCAAUAGCUUGUCUAUUAAUUACAAUCACACCAAUUCCUCUCAUUCUUCAUUUCCGAAAAUUACCACAUUGAAGUUAGCUUCUGGCAAUUUGAGAAGAUUCCCAGGUUUUUUGAGAAAUCAAUCAACAUUAAGCACUUUGGACCUAUCAGAUAACCAGAUUCAUGGUGAGAUACCCAACUGGAUUUGGAGAAUCAGUAAUCUUGUUCAACUAAAUCUUUCUUGCAACUCUCUGGUAACUCUACAAGGUCCUUUCCUCAAUCUUACUUCAACUUUGUCUAUGCUUGACCUUCAUUCCAACCAGCUUCAGGGACAAAUCCCAAUGCUUCCACAAUUGGCCACUUAUCUGGAUUACUCAAGAAAUAAUUUCAGCUCAAGCAUUCCAGUUAACAUUGGUGAUUUCCUUAUGUACACUAUGUUCUUCUCUUUUUCAAGAAACAAGUUAAAUGGAAGCAUUCCAGAAUCAAUGUGCAACAAACCAUAUCUUCAAGUUCUUGAUUUGUCUAAUAAUUCUCUAAGUGGCCCGAUUCCCCAGUGCUUGACUGCGAUGAGUUGGACACUGGCAGUACUUAAUUUAAGGGGAAACAAACUUUCUGGCACUCUUCCUGAUAAUUUUCCUCAGCCCUGCAGUCUACAAACUCUAGACCUCAAUGGCAAUGUGAUUGGUGGUCAGUUCCCAAAAUCUCUAGCCAAUUGCACAAUGUUAGAGGUGUUAAACCUGGGAAACAAUCAGAUAACAGAUGUCUUUCCGUGCUUACUGAAGAGCAUAUCCAGCUUGCGUGUACUUGUCUUGCGCUGCAACAAACUUUAUGAUCGCAUUGAAUGCCUCAAGACCAACAGUUCCUGGACAAAGCUUCAAAUUAUUGACAUAGCUCGCAAUAAUUUUAUUGGUGAAAUACCAGGAAGUUUUUUGAAAACAUGGCAAGCAAUGAUGGCUGAUGAAGACGGUGCCAUGUCAAGGAUUAAUCACCUCCGAUUUCAAGUUCUAGAGUUCGAGCAAGUGUACUAUCAGGAUGCUAUAACAGUUACCAGUAAAGGUCUGCAAAUGGAGUUGGUAAAGAUUCUAACUGUUUUCACCUUGAUUGACAUCUCAUGCAACAAGUUUAGUGGAUCAAUACCUGAGGAUAUGGGAGAGCUGAAAUCCCUCUAUGGCCUCAACUUGUCCAGUAAUGCUCUCACUGGGUCAAUCCCAUCGUCAUUAGGCAACCUACGACAACUUGAAUCGUUAGACCUUUCGGACAACAGAUUGAGCGGAACAAUUCCAUCAGAGUUUUCCAAACUUAAUUUCCUCUCAUUCCUGGAUCUCUCGAACAAUCAACUAGUCGGGAAGAUUCCAACCGGCACUCAGAUUCAGUCUUUUUCAGCAGAUUCCUUCGCAGGCAAUAAAGGAUUAUAUGGGCCACCGUUAUCGUCGCUAGGUAACGUAGAUGAGGGAUCAGCAAGGUUGUCACCAACAUUAGAAGGCAAACAUUCAAAUUCUGCGCACGGAAUUGAAUGGGAUCUGAUUGGUGCUGAAGUUGGAUUUAUUGUUGGCUUUGGAAUUGCUACUGGAUCACUUAUGUUUUGCAAGAGGUGGAGUAAAUGGUAUUAUAAAACUAUGUAUAAAAUGCUUGGUAAGAUAUUCCCUCAGCUGGAGGAAAGAUUUGGCCCUCAUCGAAGACAUGUUCACAUACACCAAAGCUGGACCGGUUGA